AUGAAUGCAUUCUACAAGCAUGACAGAGAGGAAGUUGGUAUCCGCUACCAUUCCGAACCCGAGAAUCAGUCAAGCAGAACGAACCCCCUUUUUCAGGAAGACGGGGAAGACGUACACAAACGAUAUCAUCCUGAGCCUCGACGAGAUCAUGACAGAGUAUCCCGUGGCUCUAUGAACUUUCAAUUGUCUCCUGAUAGACCACGAUCACGUUCAACAGAAGAAUACAGCAAACCAAUGAAAACCGGUUAUUACAACGAGACUGGAGAUCCGCACAGACGUAGUUUUCAAAAUUACCAUCAAACAGGUUCUGAGAGCGACUUCCGAAGACAAAACCAAAGAAAUGACGUAAACGACCGGAAAAGAUCAGGAGAAACAAGUCUUAAUGAUGACCGAUAUGUUUACAUUGAGGCCAAGUCUGGAGAUAGACGGCUGUACAAAAAGGUGGAAGACGAGGAUCUAGGCGGAAACGCUCUGAUUUAUCAACCAUCAAACAUGCCUCGUCCUAUUCAAAGAGAAAAUGUAGAAUCUGUUGGAGACAACUUCUUUUUGCGCCCUGCACCCGCCUAUACUGAGAGUCAAAGAUCGACUCUUUACGAUACAAUUGACAUGGAGAAGCCAUACAAAAUCCAGAGACCAAAUAUCAAGCAUAAUAACUUGUAA